AAAAUGUUAUAUGUACUUUAAUGCCGCAAACAUCCAGGUAAUUAGAUAUCAUUUGUUUGUACAAAGGUAAAUUGCAAUCAUGGUAAUCUUCUUUGUUAAUAAUGUAAAUAAAUAGAUUGAAGUAUAAUAGGUAUAAAUGGAAACUUAUAACAUAAAAAUGAACACAAAAAUUAUUUAAAUUAGUUGAAUGAUUUUUUAUAAUAGUAGAAUGGGAAAACAAAAAGUGUUUUGAUACCAAAUAUAAAUAGUGCACUUUAAGAUUUAGAUAAAAGAUUAAAGGAGUAUAAUUAAUUGAUUGACAAGGAGGCAUUAGAGUUAGAUUGUGAUAUAUAGUAGUUGUUUAAAAUAUUCUGUGAGUAUUAAGAUAAAGCAAAGAAAUAGAUUUAAGAGAUAAUAAGAAGAGAUUUAUGUGAAUAGCAAGCAAAAAAUCUAAAUUUUAAAUAGUAAUUAUAGGAGAUAUAAUUGAAUGAGUAAAAAAGGAAUGAGAAUAACAAUUAUUUAUUCAACACAAUAUUUUCAAAAGAGUAAGAUAAAGAAUUACCUGUAUCUGAAUAAUCAUUGUUGUAGAUUAUUAAUAAGUAUAAAAUAGUGUAAUAUGAAGAAAUGGAAAUCUGAAUUAAUUAAGAUGUGAGAUUUUGAAUUGUUUGAAUAAUGUUGUUAGCACAUUAUAAUCAUCAUAAAGUAAUAGAGUUAGAUACAAGAGCACAUAGAAUCAAUAGCAAUAAUAUAAUUUAUUAAAGAAUGAUUUCACUCUUAGUUUGAAUUAUUUAUUUUAGAAAUUAUUAGAUCUUACAUAGGAUUAUUAAACAGUGGAAGAUAUGAAGAGAAGUUUAUAUUAAGGAUCAUUAGAGUGUUCUUAAUAAUUAAAACAAUCUUAAGUAAUAUAAAGAACUCUGGGAGGAUCAUAAUUUAUAAGUACAGGUCAUUAAAGUUAGAGAUUCUAUAGAUCUAAUAGUUAAUCUUAGAUACUGAGUGUCAAGACAUUAGAAUAGUUUCCACAUGUGAGUUAAGUGAUUUAAUAAACAUUAAAUAAGAUAGGACAUUUAGUACCACCAUAAUAAGAUUCAUUAUUAAAUAAUAUUGAGAGUGUACCUCCAUGUUAAUUUCCAGAUGGAAUAAUAUAUGAGGGUUAGAUAUAAAAUAAUUAGAGAUUUGGUUGGGGUAGAGCUAUAAUAGGUUAAGAAUAUUAUGAAGGAUAUUGGAGAGGAGGAUUACCAUUUGGAUUUGGAAGAAUGAUAAUGGCAUCAGGAGAUUAUUUUGAAGGAUUCUCAUAAAAUGGUAAAGCAAAUGGUAAAGGAUUAUUCUCUAGUGUUAAUUAUUUAUAUGAAGGAGAUUGGGAAGAAGAUUUAAAACAUGGCAAAGGAAAAGAUAUAUUAUAUGGCAAAUAUGAAUAUUAGGGAGAUUUUAAAAAUAAUCUCAAAUCUGGAGAAGGAAGAUUGACAGAUUUAAUUACAGGAAAUGUUUAUGAAGGAGAAUUUUCUAAUGAUCUAAUUCAAGGGUAAGUUAAAAUUGAAUAUAAAAAUGGAGAUAGAUAUUUUGGAUGGGUUAUAACAUAAGAUGGUUAAAUUAAGAGAAAUGGACAAGGAAUCUAUUAAUGGGUAGAUUCUAGAAAAUAUGAAGGAUCAUAUGAAAAUGAUAAAGAACAUGGACAAGGAGUAUUUAUAUGGUAAAUUCUAACAUUUUACUCAAUUAGGCCAGAUGGAUGGAUGUAUAAAGGUUAAUGGGCUAAUGGAAUGUAACAUGGAAAAGGAAUUUAAUAUACUCCUUAAGGAAAAGAAAGAGAAGGAAUUUGGCAUCAUGGAUAAUUUAAUAAAUGGAUUAAUUGA